AUGGCGUCCCCACGGGAAUUGACCCAGAACCCCCUGAAGAAGAUCUGGAUGCCGUACAGCAAUGGGAGGCCCGCUCUGCACGCCUGCCAGCGCCGUGGUGAGGCGGGGUCCAUGGAGAAGGGGAGGGGCGUCUGUGAGGAGAUGACCUACGAAGAAAUUCAGGAUCAUUAUCCACUGGAAUUUGCCCUACGGGACCAGGACAAGUACCGGUAUCGGUACCCCAAGGGGGAGUCCUAUGAGGACCUGGUCCAGCGCCUCGAGCCUGUCAUCAUGGAGCUGGAGAGACAAGAGAAUGUGCUGGUCAUCUGCCACCAGGCUGUGAUGCGCUGCCUUCUGGCCUACUUCCUUGAUAAGGCAGCAGAACAGCUGCCCUACCUCAAGUGUCCGCUGCAUACCGUCCUGAAACUGACCCCUGUGGCUUAUGGUUGUAAAGUGGAGUCCAUAUUCCUGAACGUGAUGGCUGUGAACACACACCGGGAUAGGCCUCAGAAUGUAGACAUCUCGAGGCCCCCGGAGGAAGCCCUUGUCACGGUCCCUGCUCACCAGUGACCAUGCCUCAUCCACUGGGACCCCCAGGCAGGUAUGGACCUCUGCAGAUGAGGUCCUUACAGGCCCCCUGGCCCGUGUGAGUUUCUCUGCCGGAACAUCCCAGAGCCUGCGCACCAGCCUCCCUGCUUCCUUGUUAACGGUGACAGGGUUAGACGUGGUGCCCGACCUGCUGCUAUAAAGCAUUUGGCCAGACUGCAUCCGCCCGGGGCUGGUGAGAGGUGUCCUCACAAGCUGGUCCUGCCGUUGCAGCUCUGAGGUGCUCUCUCCCUGGUCGGUGGGCUCUGUGAAGUGUGAAGCCCUAAACAUGUGAACAGAAAGCCCGGCUAGGAGGUUCCCGCCACGGCCGAGCUGUCUCAGGCGGACCUGGCGACCCCAGCGGGGACUCUCUUGUCUCCUCUGGGUGGGACCCUGAGCUCUGCUGCCGGGGCUGCGAGGGAGUGCCCUUCCCGUCCUGCCAGGAACCGAGAGCCACCGAGGCCGCCCCCUCGUGUCGGAGCCGCUCGUGAGCGCCACGUGCUCACAUCAGCAGAAGCACGCAGGGAGCGCGGCCUUUGGGGUCACCCCUUGUCGAUCGCACGUACACUGGAACAUUUGGGGGAGCUGGUGGCCAAGGCCGCCCCUGCCCAACGGCUGUCACGGUGAAAGCACGUAAAGUCAGGGUGGUCGCGUGAACACCCAGGUGCUCGAGGGAGAGGGUCCCACCUUGCCCUCCCGGCCGUGCUCCCCAGGCUACCUCUCCCCCGUUGCCGCCUGUGUCCACACAGGAGCGGACCCUGGUGGCAGAGAAAUGCAUUUGCUGUGAAGCGUUCAGAGAAAAAAGCCUGUCCUGGCGUUCACUGACCUCCACCUGUGGGGAGAGGCCGGAAACCCGAGGCACCCUGUCCAGGGGAGGAUGUUCCCAGCAUGGCGCAGCUUCGGCUUCCCGUGCAUGGAAGCCUGGCAGAAAACCACCCCGGGAGGCUGCCAUCUGUCACGCGCCCCUGAGUUCCUUUGGGCCCAGAGAGGCAGGCUGGGCAGUGGGUUCUGGCUCCAUCUUGUAGAUGGGCAGGGGGCCUGGCCAGCAAGUCGAGAGGCUGGGUGAGGAGGUGUCGGGGUCUGUAGUCGGACGCCCUGCUGUCCACAAGUGGGUCCUCGACCAGGAUCCCGAGCCCACCUUGUACCCAGAAGCUUCCCUGGCAGGACAGCCCACCUUUCCCAGCCUCCCGGGGCUUUAAAGCCUGCGCGUGCCCCUGCCCCAGCUGUGGUCUCUCAGCCUCGUGCACUGCAGUGGCCGUGGACAGACCCGGUGGAGGGCUGGGGCAGGAGCUUCUGGACUUACCUCCUGCCAGAGCCCCUAGCCCUGGACUCAGGACCAGAGGACCAUGCCACUGCCUUUGGGACAUGGGGACCACAGCCCUUGUUUCCAUGUCCCCCAGAGUUUUGGUGACUUGGUCACAUGGACAGUUACUUGUUGGCCAUAGUGGGUUUCUUUGGUUGGUGGGCUGUACGUCUGGAUGUCCCCACCUCUCCAGGACCUCAGACUGGCUGAGGCAGGACCAGUGAGGCCUUUUCUCUGUGCCCAGAGGGCAGUCAGGAGCUGCUGGACCCAGAGUGUUACAAGGACUGGGAUAGGGCAGAGGGAAGCCUGAGGGCAUGGCAGGGUUGGGGCAGCUCCUCUCCGCCUCUGCCUGGAGUGCUCUCUGCAUGGGCAGCAACCCACUGGGUCGGCUGCCAGGUUUUAUCCAUGACAGUCCAUGUGCUUGUGUCGAAGACGUUUUCCCAUUCUCCCUGGAGUGGGUGGUGGUGGAUCUCAGCCACACGUCACACUGUGUCCAGCAUUCUUUGCAAUAAAUACUUAAAAAAAAAAAUUGGA